AUGGAUGGGGGAAAGUACUACUUUUGCUUUAGUCCUGGCGUCUUUUUUGCGUCAGGUUUGGUGUACAGCUAUAAGCUGCUGGAAUAUUCUGUAAUGGCUGUCAUUAUAACAUACCUCACUAGUUCUUCGGAGCAGAUCAAUCUCACGAAAGCAUCAGUAAUAGUGAAUACCAAGGAUCUAAUAUCAGCCACAUCUGUGAUCGUUUUGACUUUCAUUUCCAAUACGUUUAUCGGUCGUCCCAAAGUCAUCACUUGUUCAGCCAUCUUCACUUCUGCUGGAUUGGUGAUGUUAUACUUCAUAGCUCACGCUGAAGAGUCGGAUGAAAUCGAACGACGCAUCUUAUUCAAAAUAAUAGGAGUCUUCGUAACAGCAGUGGGUGAAGCUGGAGUAAUGGCACUUUUAGGUGAUUUUAUUGCUGAUCAAUUAAGAGCCCGUGAACCAAAAACAAACAAAAAUGAGGAUCGAGUAGAGGCUCGGAAAACAGUUUGGUGGCGUGGUUCUUGGUGUUUUAGUGUGAUUACCUCAUUCCUAAUACGCUAUUACUCAUGGGCAGAUACUUUUUCAUUCUCAGCAAAAGCGACGGUAAUUACUCUCAUCUUUUUCGUGGGGGGUACCGCUUGGCUUCAUUAUUGUGGAAAAUCAGCUCCUGCUGGCAGCCAUAAUUAUUAUAGCCAUGAUGUCUACUUCUACCAAUCGAGAAGGCCUAGAUUAACAGACCAAGCUAAGGUCAGGGAACCAUCCACCCUCAGACCACAAGGACAAGAUAUGGAAGGCAGGCUUCACAGUGGGAAAAUUUUUCUAAAUAUGAUUCCUAUGGGGAGUAGCUUCCUUGUGUAUGGUUUGGUCGUAUCAACAGAAGAAACUUUUUUCCCUGAGCAGGGAGACGAGAUGCAGCUUUCAAGCUUCUUUACUAUUUUAUUUGUCUUUCAAUCCGUAUCAAGUAAAAGUAUCUCCUAUUUGUUUAGCUAUUUUUUAGAUUCAGAAUGGGUUCCAGUAGACAAACGGAAACAAGCCAAAUUAGUGAGAAUUUGGUUUGGAAUGGUGCUAACUAUAUUUUGUUGUUUUGUUGCCGAGCGGGUUGAGGUUCACCGGUUGAUAGUAGUUAACAAGGAAGGAUUCCUUGACAAGCCAGAUCAAAUUAUACCAAUGAGCAUCUUCUGGCUUGCCCCACAGUACUGCCUGUUAGGUCUUACGAAAGGAAUUGCUGAAGAAGGACUGGAUGAAUUCUUAAUUGAUAAUUUCCCUAUAUCAUGGAAGGGCUAUGUAUCAGCAAUUACUAAGUUCGUGAUUGGAAUUGGAAAUCUCCUAAGCAUAAUAUCUGUUCAUGCAUAUGGAAGUUUGUUUGCUGACACCCUGAACCGGAGUCGCCUGGAUGAAUACUACAAGAGGAUAACAAUUUUUAGCUUCGUCAAUAUGUGCUACUAUUGGUGUAUAUAUAUCUUCUAUACAAAGUAUCACACAGCAAAUGUAGUAGGAGAUGACAUUGUUCCAAAGCUAUCAAUUUUUCCAUAA